UAACGUGAAUGUACUGCUAAAAAUUAAACCUAGGCAAGAAGUGUACUCACGAAAACUGAAACCUGUGCAAGAUAAAACAAGGAGGGGUUUUCUCUGACUUAGUAUCGGCAAACAUCCCUAAGACUGUGUUAUUCUGUGAUUCUCUCUGUUUUUCUGUGUAUUAGGAUUGGAAUCAGUACGAGCCAAAGAAAGAAAACCAGGCCAGGAUGGCAAAUCAGGGAGGCCAGCAGUUGGGAGGAGAAGACUGUCUGGUCCCUCAGCCUCGUGGGAAACUAUCCAAAGCCUUUGCAAUAGGAUUGUCUGCUGUGGUAACAAUGGCCAUCGUGCUAUUUGAGCCUGAUGUGUUGUUCAGACACACUGCCAUGGUAAUACUCAUUCUGACUGUGGGGACCUUGUUGCACGGAGGGUGUCUUCUCUCAGAGGAAUUUCUCCGUCAUGCGACUACCCGAUACCGUGCUGGGGGGCUGGGUCAGAUGAUGAAAGCUUGUGUGGGUGUGUCGACCAUCCUGGGUGUGGCGAUGGCAGGGCUGUUGUUUCGUCUAACAGAACCCCAUUCCUGUGGGGACCAGUGGAGCAUGGUGGUCAUGGGCUGUGGACUCUACCCUCUACUCAAAACUAUGGGAGUGCUGGGUCCGUCUGAGGUAGAGGUGUCGGCGUUCUGUGAGGAGAGGAAGAUGAACGUGGCUCAUGGCCUGGCCUGGUCUUUCUACCUGGGCUACCUCAACCUUGUGCUGCCUCGUUUGGAGGAUUCUAUCGCAGAGUUCAGUGCCAAAAACCUGGGGGAUCCAUUUCAGACUAGGGGUUUCAGAAAGCUUCUCAUUCUCCUUCCUGUCAAUGCCAACAUCACUCACAAAUUGGAGGACGCGGACACCAACAUCCGUUUCUAUGACAACCUCCCUAACACAGAGAUUGACAGGGCAGGGGUCAGGGGGCGUGUCUACAAGCAUAGUGUAUACAGAAUAUUGGACGAGAACAGACAGGUCCAUCACUGUGUGGUGGAGUAUGCCACACCGCUGCUGACACUGUAUAAGAUGUCUCAGGAGAGUAGUGCAGCCUUUGGAGAGAGGGACAGGAGAGAGCAGGUACUGCUAUUCUACAGGACUUUACAAGAUAUAUUGGACUGCUCAUUGGAAUGCCGGAACCGCUACAGACUUAUCCUGCUCAGUGAUGAGAAUGAGGAUGACCCUCACUUUCUGUCCAAAGCCAUUCUGAAGAAUUUGGAUCAGCAGAAGGAAGAGUUCAAUGUUCUUCACCACAACCCUCUCGUAGGUGACUGGCACAGAGCCAAUGAGCACAUUGAGCCAAUGAGCACAGAGCCUACACUCAUGAUCAGUGAUGCAAUUCCACACACACUCCGGAUACCAGUUGAAAAUAUGUAUGACCCAACUCUGUAUUGUCAAGCACCUCUAAAAAGAUAAAUACACACAGAGACUUGCAUGCAUACAAUACUAGUACUGCCAAAUGGUCAGAUAUUAAGUGAUUAAAGAAACACUAGAACUGGUAAUUUCCAAUGGGAACAAUUUAUGCAUAGUGGGUGCAAGCUAGAAACAUCCUCUUGGCAUAUGUUAACAUGCAUUUGCAUGCAUAUAUAUAAGUCUUAUAGGAUUAUAGCAGAAUAUCAGCACUUUCACUUCAUUAUUCCCCUUUACUUUAGAAUUUUGGACAGGAUCCCUUGUGAAUAAAAAUGCAUAUUUUUGCUUC